AUGAAAUUAAAUCUGAGAUUUUUUUCCUUCUUACUCUGCAGCUUAUUAAAACUCAGUCUUAUCUUAAUUCUGUCCAUUUCCACAAUGUCUGUGUUUUGGUGUUACCCAGAUCUGUCUUCUAAGGUGUCUGAAAAAUCUGAUUACUUUCUCAUCCUGUUGAACAGCUGCCCAGCCAGGCUGCACGGGAGCGAGGGACUAGCUUUUCUAAAGCCAAUUUUGGAGAAGACAUCUACAAAAAGGUCCUUUCGCAAUGGAGUUGGCACAGGGAUGAAAAAAACUUCCUUUUGAAGAGCAAAACCAUGA